GCUACAUAAGCACUCGUCUAGUCCGUUCAUUUUAGUCUUAAUAGUGUUUUUCUCAUGAGCGGCAAAUUCUACAGCGAGGACGCAGAAGUUCACGUUGGAGUCAUCGUGAGGCCACUUCGAGGUCGCUGGAGGCCGAUUACUGGACAAGCCAAGGCCGAAGACUUCAAGAAUGCGACAUUGGAACCUGCGCUGUGGAAGAGCACCGCGAGCGAUAACGAUGAUAACGAAGCCAAAAUGCAAUUCACUUCCAAAAUGGUGUACAGCAGUGAUAGAUUGAAGGAAUCAGAUGUCGGAGAGGAAGCAGAAACUAGGAGCGAUGUGUCAGCUCCUAGAGAGGCUCCGAAGAAAAGUGUGCUAGUGAGUCCGUGCCCGACAACAUGCAGCUGCGGAGCUGCUUCAUCGGUUCUCACAGUCAACAGCCCACCACCAGAAAUGAACCGCAUUGAAUUGCCAGCAGAUCUUGCAGAUAAGAAUCAGGAUGCAUGGGCUUCGAGAGCAAAACAAACCGAAAUCAAGAAGAGCCAAGUUUGGACAGCAAAGAGCAAAAGCCUCAAAGACGACAGUGGAAAAGCCUCCCAAAGCAGUUCACUCAAGACUCCGAAUAUGAAAGAAACACCGAAAAAGCAAGACUCGUCGGAGGAAAUCCGAGUGACUUCGAGUCCGCUGCCAAGGCCAAAAAUCACUCUUCCAAAGAAAAGUAAGGAGAAACUUGAGCGCAAAGGCGCUAAAGCAGGUAGCAGACCGGGUAGCCGAGUUGGAAGCCGAGCAAGCAGUAGAGAAAAGGCUAAAGACGAGCCGAAAAAUCGAGAAAAGGGUAAAGAGGAGCCGAAAACGAAGGUUAAGGCUAAUGUGGAGAAAGCACCACCGAAGGAGGAGAAAAUUCGCGUCAAGUUUGAUCUGCAGGACUCGAACUACAUUAGUGACGUGCCACCCAGUGGUAGAAGUUCACGUCCUGGAUCUCCUAAGCGCAAAGGGACCGAAAUUGCCGAAAUCCGCGGUAUCGACAUACCCAAAGAAAGAACAAGGCCGAUACGAGCGAAUUUGACCACCACUUCGAGAUCUCGCCUGAAGACUGUAACCUACAAGGAAGAGCCGUUUCUAUCCGAGUUCAAAAGCUGGAUUCUUCUCAUCAUCUUCCUUUCCAUGAUACUGCUGUACAGAUCAACACUUCUCUCAUGAUAUUAUGAUUUGUAAUAAAAUAUGAUUAAUUAUUUGUUUAUUAUUACUUACAAUAGAGCCG